AUGUCGCUGCAGUCCUAUCUUUCCGGCGUCAACUUGACCGAGUUUCCGGCUGUCGGGCCACAGUUCAUCAAGGACGUCGGCAUGCCACCUAGCCAAAAGCCAGGCAAGCUGCACACAGGCGAGCAGGGUGGCUGGCGAGCACAUGCCAAUAUAUGGUCAAAAACGCUCAGACAAAAGCUCCCGCCCAUUCUCAUCGUCGAGUCAGAUGCGACGUGGGACAUUAACAUUCGCAAAAUCAUGCCUCAUCUGAACAACCACUUCCGAAAAUUCCUAAGAAAGAUCAACUCUACCAAGCUUCACAGCCCGGCGUGGCCUGCCGAAGCAGUGUUCCGGAAUGAAAGCACUAGAGCAUCCGAUGACGACCCGUGGCUGAGCAGACAUUGGGACAUCCUCUCCUUCGGACCGUGCCACGAGACCGACGAGAAUAAUGACAUCAAGCUCAUCUACAAUGACCCUUUCGUGCCACUGGGGAAGGACUAUCAGGGGCGGGCGCUCAAACACGAGAGGGUGAUUCGCCGAUCGGGGGGCAUCACUUGCACGACUGCGUACGCUGUUAGCCAAACAGGUGCGGUGAAGCUGCUGCUGAGGACUGCCGUCAAUCUCGACAUGCCGGUAGACAUGGUUAUGCAAGAAAUGAUUGUCUCCGGCGACUUGAUUUCCUAUUCGGUGAUGCCCCCCAUCAUGGCGCAGUGGCAAUACGUCGAAGGCAUCGGCAUGGAAGAGCGCGGUGCCACUAGCAAUAUCAACAGGGCUGGAAUGUUCUCGGGACUGUUCCCCUUGUUUAUGCGCAAGAAGGCAUGGGAGAAUGUCAAAGCCUCUGGCAGCGUUUGGACGACCAAGACGUAUCAUGAAGAUGUUGCCUUUGAUGAAAUGUCACUACAAGGGGCGCGGAAAAGGGUUUUUAGGACGGGAAAUUGA